AUGCCAUCUCGAAGGGAGGUUGACACAAAAGCUACGGGAAGUGCGGCUGGACCCCGAGAGGUUAACAAUUUGCUUCAUACACUGAGAGGCGAGCAAUUCAGGCAUUCGCAAAACCUUCGCAGGUCCAAAGCGCAUCUCUCAUCGGCCACCGCCCACAGCUACAACGACCCCUCCCUCCCGUUCUCCGAGUUCUACCGCUUCACGCACGGCCUGCGCAGGAACACCGCUCGCGAUGCAGGGGGAACUGCUGCUCCUCCACCAAUACCGGUCAUCCGCGACGGCCACCUCGAGCAUGACUUUCCUCGAGGCCCCGUCCCAGGUCCGCCUCCUCCGAGAAGCUGGGGCGGGCUCUUCGGGCCUGAGCCUGGGUACGAAGCCAUCCUUGCGGCGUACGACCCCGUGCUGGACAAGAGCAUGCCUGCGUUCCGACGACGCGCGCUGUCUCUCAUACUGUCGCAUACGUCCUGGAGCUUCGGGUCGAGCGACGUUCCUAUCUUCGAGUCCUCUCCAUACGUGGAUCUCGAUGUCUCGGGUUCGCCCGUGCCGCCCCUGGCGCGAAUUUGCCUGCGGGUGCUGCUCGCGGAGUUCCCGGACACGGCGGGUUUCCGGGACGAGCUCCUCCCUGCCAUCCCGCUGUACUUCAGGCGCGACAUCUUGCGGUACACCGCGGUAAACGACCCGCUGUCGAAUGCGAAGCUUCUUCCACUGCUCGAGCCGGAUGGGCACACCGACGGGGAGCUGAUCAUCGUCGGUCCGCAGGCGACACUGCAGCGCGACCAUUUGUUGAGCCUUUCACCGAGCACUCCGACUCGGCGAGCCACAUCUGAGGAGGAGCUCCAGCUGGAGGAUCGCGGCGAAGGCCCAUCAGACGCAAGAUCACCCUCUGAGCUCACGAACCACGGCGAACUCCCGAGCGACGCGGACGAGGAUUCAUGGGACGCGGAAUCCUCUUCGCAAGAGCAGUCUCCCCUGCUGCAGACGCUCAUCGUGCUCAAUGCCCCAAUACCAACCGCGACGCUCUUCGCAUUCCCGCUCGUCCUGACGCGCCUUGCACUCCUGGCGCUGCCCUCCCCGACACCUGUACAUCGCCUGCCACGCAUCUGCCCGCUGCUCGAGGUGCUCGACCUAUCGUACAAUCCGUGGCUGAACGAGCCGCCGGGAGGACAAGGUACGGUCGCCGCGGAGACGAUCGUGCAGCGCGUCGAGUGGGACAAGUGGGCACGGUUGCGCGUGCUGGGUCUACGGGGGUGUCGGGUCCCGGGUGACGUGGUGGCGAAGGUGAAUAAGGGGCGCUGGGAGGAGGUGGAGGUGGUCGUGGAGGAGCAUCGGACGUUUCGGACUAGCAUGGGCGAUGUGGAGGCAAUGAUGAAGGGCCUGCGGUUGACCGACUAA